GUCGGUGCCCGAACCCUCCACUCCAUCCCUCCACGGCUGAGGUACCAUUCCCGUCGCAGCGAAUUGCGCCAAUGAGGGUGGCUCUUGUCGAGGCCUGAUCCGGAGACCUAACCACCGGGGCUUUUUGUCGGCGCCGUCGGGUUCGAGCGGCGGCGGCGAUGUUUUGGAAGGAUAGCGGCAGCCGGAGCAGCAGUGGCAGCGGUCGGGAUCAGAACGGCGUCGGCCCCUUCGGCCAAGUGCGCGUCCUCAUUGUCGGUGAUUCAGGUGUUGGGAAAUCUUCAUUGGUGCAUCUCAUUUUGAAAAGUUCUGCCAUUGCUCGACCAUCUCAAACAGUAGGAUGCACUGUGGGCAUUAAACAUGUUACUUACGGAAGUGCAGGCGGUUCAUCUAAUAACAUCAGUGACGCUGAAAGGAACUUCUUUGUUGAGCUUUGGGAUGUCUCAGGACACGAACGGUACAAGGCAUGCCGGUCGAUUUUCUAUACACAAAUAAAUGGCGUCAUAUUUGUUUACGAUCUCUCUCAGAGGAAGACCAAGACGAAUUUGAAUAAAUGGGCAGUUGAAGUUGCUGAAACUGGCACCUUUUCAGCUCCAUUGGGAUCUGGUGGACCAGGAGGACUUCCAGUGCCCUAUCUGGUAAUUGCUAAUAAAGUGGAUAUCGUUCCAAGGGAUGGGGCAAGAGCAAGCAGGGGGAAUCUUGUUGAUCUUGCUCGCCAAUGGGCUGAGAAGCAGGGCCUUCUUCGGUGCAGCGAAGAACUUCCACUCACAGAGAGCUUUCCUGGGAACUCCGGUCUUGUGUCGGCUGCUAAACAAGCAAGAUAUGACAAAGAAGCCGUGAUCAAGUUUUUCCGCUUGCUUAUUAGAAGAAGAUACUUCUCAAACGAACCUCCUGCCCCAAGUCCCUGGUCCCUUGCUCCAAGAGAAGAUACCAUCCUUCCUAUGGAGACUCUUGGAGAUGGCGCAGAUAGCUUCCAAAGGAAAAGCCUUAGUGGUGAGGGUUUUUUGUACAACGGACUGGUCCCACUCCCAGCGCAGAGGAACCUGACGCCGCCACCGACUCUGAAUCCGCAGCAGCCCGUGUCGCCCUUGGAUAACUACAGAUAUCAUCGAUUCUCCUCCUCGUCGCUUCCGGACGUGAGCAGCAGCAGAACAAGCCGAGAAGAUAUUAUUAAUCUAUGAUGUGGUAGGCAUCUGAGAGAGGUCAUACGCCACAACAUUACCUGCAAAACGUGGGAAGCAUAUGGUGCCUGGGAAUUGUGUUCCUGUGGCAUCUUGAACUGCUUAAAGCCUUUGCUUGCAGCAUUUGGAAUGCUGCCAGGGUGAGCUUUUUGUUCUGUUUUAAAUGUCAUGUCGUUGUCAGAUCACUAGGAAGUGGUUCUUUCUCCUUUUCGUUUCCUUUCCAUCCUCCACCUGCAUUCAUUUAGAAUACGUGUUGACUGGGAUGGAGGCAAUACAUGAUACGCCAGUAUACCUUCAAAGGCAAAUGUAAGUUUUUUUAUGUACUGUUUCUUU